AUGGCCGAGAGCAAGUGUCCUCACCUCAACGUCGCUGGCGGCGGUACCAGAAACCGUGACUGGUGGCCCGAGUCCGUCAAGCUCAACAUCCUCCGCCAGAAUACCUCUGUCACCAACCCUCUCGGCGAGGAGUUUGACUAUGUCUCAGCCUUCAAGACUCUCGACUACGAGAGCCUCAAGAAGGACCUUACUGCCCUCAUGACCGACUCCCAAGAUUGGUGGCCCGCCGACUUUGGCCACUACGGAGGUCUUUUCAUCAGAAUGGCUUGGCACAGUGCUGGCACUUACCGAGUCUUUGACGGUCGUGGUGGCGGUGGUCAGGCACAGCAGCGAUUUGCCCCCCUCAACAGCUGGCCCGACAAUGUCAGUCUGGACAAGGCUAGACGUCUACUUUGGCCCAUCAAGCAGAAGUACGGCAACAAGAUCUCAUGGGCCGAUUUGCUCAUCCUCACUGGCAAUGUUGCCCUCGAGUCCAUGGGCUUCAAGACCUACGGUUUCGCUGGUGGCCGUGUCGAUAGCUGGGAAGCUGACGAGUCUGUCUUCUGGGGUGGCGAAAACACCUGGUUGGGCAACAAUGUCCGAUACAAUGACAACAAGGACUCCCAGAAGCGUGAUCUCGAAUCUCCUCUGGCUGCUGCCCACAUGGGUCUCAUUUACGUCAACCCCGAGGGUCCUGAUGGCAACCCUGACCCCGUUGCCGCUGCUCGCGACAUCCGCACCACUUUCGGCCGCAUGGCCAUGAAUGACGAGGAGACCGUUGCCCUGAUUGCCGGAGGACACAGCUUCGGUAAGACUCACGGUGCCGGCCCUGCCACCAACGUUGGUAAGGAGCCUGAUGGUGCCGCUAUUGAGCAGCAGGGCCUUGGGUGGAAGAGCACCUACGGCACUGGCAAGGGCCCCGAUACCAUCACCAGCGGUCUCGAGGUUAUCUGGACCAAGACUCCCGCCCAGUGGAGCCACAACUUCUUCGAGUAUCUCUUCAAGUACGAGUGGGAGCUCACCAAGAGCCCUGCGGGUGCCAACCAGUGGGUUGCCAAGACCAAUGACGAGAUCAUCCCCGACGCCUACGAUGCAAACAAGAAGCACAAGCCCAGAAUGUUGACCACUGAUUUGUCUCUGCGCUUCGAUCCCGCUUACGAGAAGAUUUCUCGCCGCUUCCUCGAGAACCCCGACCAGUUCGCCGAUGCAUUUGCUCGCGCCUGGUUCAAGCUUACCCACCGUGAUAUGGGCCCCAAGUCUCUCUACGUCGGACCCGAGGCGCCCACUGAGGACCUCAUCUGGCAGGACCCCAUCCCCCCCGUCAACCACGCCCUGAUCGACGAAAAGGACGCUGGUGCCAUCAAGGAGGAGAUCCUCAAGUCUGGUCUUGACGUUUCCAAGCUCGUUUCUACUGCCUGGGCUUCUGCCUCUACCUUCCGUGGCAGCGACAAGCGUGGUGGCGCCAACGGAGCCCGCAUUCGUCUUGCUCCCCAGAAGGACUGGAAAGUCAACAACCCUGCUCAGUUGUCUCAGGUCCUCAGCACCCUGGAGGACAUCCAGAAGCGCUUCAACCAGUCUGGCAAGACUGUCUCUCUUGCUGAUGUCAUUGUCCUGGCUGGUGCUGCUGGUGUUGAAAAGGCUGCUCGUGAUGCUGGUGUCAACAUCACUGUUCCCUUCACUCCCGGUCGCAACGAUGCUACCCAGGAGCAGACUGACGUUGAGUCUGUUGGUUACCUCGAGCCCUUGGCCGACGGCUUCCGCAACUACGGAAAGUCUCACGGCGCUGUCAAGCAGGAGCACCUGCUUGUCGACCGUGCCAACCUGCUCACUCUCUCUGCCCCUGAGCUCACAGUUCUCAUUGGUGGUCUGCGUACCCUGAAUGCCAAUUACGAUGGCUCUGCUCUUGGUGUCUUCACCUCGCGCCCUGGUGUUUUGACCAACGACUUUUUUGUCAACCUGUUGGACGCCAACACCGAGUGGAAGGCUACUGGCGAGGACACCUUCGAAGGUGUUGACCGCAAGACCGGUGCCAAGAAGUGGAUCGCCUCCCGCAAUGAUCUUAUCUUGGGCUCCCACCCCGAGCUUCGUGCCGUUUCCGAAGUAUACGGCAGCGGUGAUGGUGCCCAGAGGUUCGUUAAGGACUUCGUUGCUGCAUGGGAUAAGGUCAUGAACCUGGACAGAUUUGAUGUUAAGAAGGGUGGAAACAAGAAGGCCGCCCGCCUGUAG